AUGCACGGCGACACGGAGCUUCGCUUGGGCGAUGCCGGCUUUCGUUUCCCUGAUCUUGAGGUUCAGGACAACAAUAGCGAUGCUGGAGAUCUUGGCCGGGUCAUGCCACGGAGCUCCAGCUACUAUCCCGAUGAUGGAGCUAGCGAGUGGGUCACAGAGUACGGCGUCUCUCAGAUGGAACUCAAUCGCAAUUCUCGUCUCAGUGCCGUGACUGUCGAGAGCUAUGCCGACAUCAGUGACGACGGCAGCGAGCAGAGAUUCAGCCUUCCGCCAGCUCCACCUCAGACACCAGUAUCGGAAGUCGUAGACGAACCUGAGGAGAUUCCUGCACCCAAAGCUGUCAGACUUCUCGGCGAGUCGAAGGAUAAGGUAGCAGCCUACGAGGACAUCGACAAUAAAGUACGCUGUAUCGUCGAGAGGCGCAUCCGCGCUCUGGAGUCUAAGAUCGCAGAUGAGCAGGUCAACUCGGUGUACACUGGCUCACCCAAGAUUGACGGAACUCAGCGAAGAGCUGAGCUCGCGGAGCUCGACCGUCUGCGUACUCUGUUGCCAUCGGACUCUCGCCCACUCAUGAUGAAGGCUUCAGAGUCGAUGACCACCAUCAAAGCGAGCGCUCAAGCUAAGCUGCAGAAAGCGAAGACAUUUGUUCGGCCUCAAUAUCAGCCAUGGGUCAACUUCAGUCGUGCUGUUGCCCUAGGUCGCCACGAGGAGGCCUUCAAUUCCGGCUCUGAUACUCGUGGACUGCUGGCCUCUCCCAGUACUCCAUCGCCAUACACCAACAUGGCCUUCAAUGAGAGCACUGGCACCUUCAUGACAGUCAAUCAGGAGUCGCCUCUCAACACUCGCGGUCCUGCCACCAAUCUCUGGUCUCCGUUCGACCAAGAUCCGACUCACCGCGCCAUUCAUGUCAAGUCUCCAAUCGGCAAGAAGCCCAAUAUCAUCGACAUCGAGCUCGGUCCAGUGAGGAGCAGCAAGUCCAAGCGCUCUCAACGCGCUGCUAUUGGCAGUCAGUACGAGCCCCGCGACCUGCAUCUCGUCAAGACCAAGCGUAUGUCUGAUGCCCAGCUCGCGGCGCGCUCCGCUGGUUGGACCAUGUUUCCUCGCCAGCAGGGUCCGCCUGAUCCGGUCGCCGGCGGCGGAGGUAGCACUCCCUGGUCGUCCUCCUCGACCUACCCAAUGCUUCUCAAGCCCGAGACCGAGAUGCAGCGCGAUGAUCGUCUCGAACAAAAGCGCAUCUCCAAGCGCUUCCUCUUUGGCUGCGCCGCUUUCCCGCCUUUCACCCUCCUCUUCGGCCUCGGCUUCUUCGACCGCCUCAUCGCCAAGCGCUCUGGUGGUCGUUUCAAGGAGGCUUGCCCUUCGGAGAAGCGCAACGCGCUCAUCGUCUUCUUCCCUCUUGGGAUGAUCUUCUGGGCUGUUUGCAUUCUGGUCCUCUUGCUGGUGAUCAUCCUUGCCAAGGGUAAGGGUGGCGAGGAUAGCUCGCCUUUUGGCGCUUAG